AUGGAGGAAGCGGUGUCCAAGGUUUCGAGAGCCACGAACCCUGCCAAGAACCACCAGCCCGGCCAAAACAGCAGCAGAAAUACAGCGUUUCCGGCCGGACUUAGUAUGGCCCGGAGGGCUCCGAUGGCUACUUUGAGCGAGAACCUCGACAGUGAAGCCAGCGUGACGAGUAGAGAUGCUGUGGCCAUGCUGGUCGCGGCCAAAGCUUCCCACCAGAUUGACAGGCUCAGCAAAAUGAGAACGAUCUUUAUCCUCUCCAGUGCCCUGGUCGUUGGGCACCGAGUCGUGAGGGCGGCCGGGAGCGUGAUCGCCAGUCUCCAAACAGCCUUCUCCGAAACCGGGCCGGAUAUGAUGGACAUGGCUGGAAUCGUGACGUCGACGUGA